ACAAUCCCUGAACAUCUUCCACCUUUUGCAACAUUGAGCUCAACAAGCGACCUACCUCUAGGCCCUAGACCGUGUCCACUAUUGCCCAAGGACAUCUAUCAUCCAACCGUUCCGUAUACGCAGUCGCCGGGCCCUAUCAAAAAGGUCCAGCGUUUGAACAAGGAGUAAUACCCGACACAACUCUUCAAGUCUGAAACAUGUGCUUCUACGACCAGCACCGCUUUGCCUGUGGCGAUUGGAAGUGGGGCCACUUCCGACAGCACUGCUCCAAGGAGUACCGGAUCGGCGAGACGUGCGGCAUGAAACUCAUCAUGCAAACGGUUCCCACUGGCACAUACUGCAAGCUGUGCGAGAAGAUCAGCACCAAGAUGCGCCGCAGAGCCGCUGAGGUGGACCGUGUAGGCCGAUGGCAACGUGAACCUCACAAAUUCGCAGCCUCCAUUGAGAAGUCCUUGGAGAUGAUUCGCGGGCUGGACGGAGAGAUUUGUGAGCUAACCAACGAGCGCAACCGCAGACUGCAAGCGAUUCACUGAACUCGGAGGCAACAUGGCGCAGGAUUCUGGGGUUUCGUUUCAUCUAAGGCGCCUUGGUAUCUUCUUUCAGAUUGAGUCCACUUAAUUUUUCGGUUCGGGGAGCGAUGUGACGCAGGAAGACCUGCUAUUGACGAAGGGUGGAAGGCCGGGCGCUACCUCUUACAGUCGCUUCUUUUCUCUUAGCGAGCCCUCUUGGGAUUGAACGAUGCAAUGAACAUUUUAUUUCUUC